AUGAGCCAGAGCUCCUCGGAAGAAAGAUUGACAAUGUAUAUGAACAACCUCCAGCCAUCCCCCGAGGAAGGGGUCCCCUUAAUAGAGCCUUCGAGCAUUCCGCUGAAUAUUCGCAUCACUCAACAUCGUAAGCCACAGACAAAAUUCAACACGAAAAGCGAUGGGAGUGGUAUAAUCCGAUCAAUUCAACCGACACUAAACGACAUGUCGAGCCACGAUUGCGAAGAGCAGCUUCAAGAGUAUAAGUCUGCCAAGAUAUCAUCUAAAACCGAUAAUUGCCGUCAUAAAUCUGGCCCGCAGGGUCCAGGUCGGCUGACGGGUUGGAGAGCUGGCCUAAGCAUAGCUGCCGGGUUGACUCUCCUAAUUCUGAUCGGCAACAUUACAAUCCUUGGAGUCUUUUCAUUGCCGACCUAUCGAAGAGACUAUAGUUCCGCAACCGCCCCAAUUCGUACGGGAGAAUGUGACGAUAUCAAGAACUUAAACUUCGGCAUCCACCUUCUUAUUAAUAUCGCGAGUACUCUCUUGCUUGGGGCAAGCAACUAUUGUAUGCAGACCGUUGGUGCUCCUACACGCCAUGAUAUCGACAUGGCCCAUGCCAGCGGUAGAUGGCUACAGAUCGGUGUGCCCAGCCUUCGAAAUCUGAGGCUAAUUGGGAGGAAGAGGAUCUUCAUCUGGCUGUGCCUGGCCGCCACGUCUAUUCCCCUUCACCUGGUUUACAACUCGGUGUUCUUCAUGUCAACCAGCUACAACAAGUACCGGAUAUACUUUGCGGACGCAACUUUUGCAACAGGGGCGCCUUAUGACGAAGAUAGUUUCAACAUCACUCAUGAAAUGACAGGGGAACAGAACUGGUACUACUGGAUAUGCUCGCAGAAGAGUUCUAUUGAGAAAGAUGAAGAGCGUCGUGAUAUAAUCUGCAACAAGGACGCGUGGGGAAAGCAAAUGAGCAACGGCACCUGGGAGGUGGCCGGUGUGAAGGUGAAAUAUUGCCUAAGUGAGCUGAAGCCCAGUCAGUGCCACCUUCACAUCGCCGCAAGCCUCGUGGUUGUAGUCAUUGCUUUCAACCUGACCAAGCUAAUUAUUGUUACUUUGAUCCUGUUCGGCAACUGUCUAGACUGGGACCCUUUGGUAACUAUUGGGGAUGCUUCUGCAUCCUUCAUCAAACGACCCGAUCCGAACACAAGGGGGAUGUGUCUAUCAGCGACUGAGGAGAUAAUGGAAUGUUGGGGGAGUAAACGCCCAAUGCCCCAAGAGUAUCGGCUGCACAGUAACCGCUGGGCUUCGGCGGUAAGCAGAGGUCGCUGGAUUUUUGCAAUCUGCUUGAUUGCGGCCACAUUGUCUAUUCUUAUUUGCCUCUUGGCUUGGGCCAUCUGCAGCUUGUCUCGCUCCACCUUAGGGGCCGAUGAUUUCAAAUCUGUCUGGUCGUUGGGUGUUGGCAAAAUCAGUCCAUACACCCUUAUAUCUACCUGGGACGUUCCUUCCGCAGGCGAUGCGGCAGUUGUUUGCCUUGUCCUUCUUACCAACUUACCACAAGCGGUGUUCUCGUUCCUGUACCUUUUACUAAAUGGAAUCAUGACUACUAUGGUAGCUACACGCGAAUGGACCAACUACGCUGAUGCUAUUCCCAAAGCCCUCCGUGUCUCUUUUCCAAAGAGAGGACAGCGAUCUACGUUUUUCUUGCAGCUACCAUAUCGGUACAGCCUACCAUUGAUCAUCAGUUCGGUGUUGAUGCACUGGCUUAUCUCACAGAGCUUUUUCAUGGUGCAGAUGAUUGAGAUUCGCACGUGGGAGUCUCAAGAGGACCAAGAAGAUAUCGAAGUAACGGACAUCACAACCACGGCCGGGUAUUCUCCCAUGGCCAUGUUUCUAGCCGGCGUCGUCCUGUUGAUAGUCAUUUCCACAAUAGCUAGGCUUGGAGGGUUCAGAUUCAAGGGAGGCAUGCCAUUAACCGGGAGCUGCAGCGUAGGCAUCGCAGCCGCAUGCCAUACGUUCGAGAAAACAUCAAGCCGGAGACCGGUGACAUGGGGUGUGGUUGUUCCGGCCAAUCGCACUCCAGAUGGUGUUGGACACUGCUCCUUCUCCAACAAACGGGUAGACCUGCCAGACCAAGGGAGUCUGUAUGCUUGA